CCUAUAGUUGUAUAUAUACUUCACAGCAGGCAAGGUUUAUAGUAUUUUGGCACUGCUGCUUGGAAGGAUAAGCUGUUGUCAUGCUGCUGUUAACAUACGAUUCAGAGUUUAACCAGCUGAGCAAAGUCCUAGAAAUUGGUGAUGCCAUUAAUUUAGCUGGUGAUGCCAUUAGUCAGUCUCCUGUUCACUUGGCUGCUUGUGGGAAGGAAGCCUUCUGUUUACUUCAGUUUCUUCAGUCAGGAGGCAAUGCAGAUCAGCAGGAUUCAUCUGGAGAGGCUCCUCUUCAUAAGGCUGCACGAUCAGGAAGCUUGGAGUGCAUUAGUCUGCUUGUGGCAAGCGGCGCCAGCAUUGAUUUAUAUAACACUGAUGGCCAGACUGCAGAAGACAUUGCUUGGUCCUGCGGAUUUUCUGAAUGUGCCACAUACCUUGCUGUCACCCGGAGUAGUCAAUGUCUGAAAUCCUACGGGUGUCCUGGUUCUACACGGAAGUUCUUUUGCAGUGCACCUCUAGAGGACAGACUGCUGGGCAAGAAACGGUCACACACUGGGGCAGAAGAUGUGACUGGGAAGAGAGCAAGGCCUAAUGAACUCAUCAGCUGAAACCUGAACCCCUUUCUGAAAAGGAAACUGAAGCAAGUAAAUUCUUGGGGACUUUGGACAUCUGUCUGGCUGAUAAUUUCUUUCUUGGAGAAAGUGAAGGAAACCGACAAACUGCUCAUUUUAAUUGAGCUUUCAUUGCCAUAUCUUUCGGUGAAAGAUAAACAAAUGUUUUACUUCUGCUACAGAUUACUGGAACACAGCAAAACAUUGUAGACAUUAUCAUUGGUUCCCAUAGGAAUCUUGUUUAUGUAUAUUUUUGAACACUUUUAUUUUUUUUUAAUUAAAAAUAUUUUUUAAUAAAAACCUGAA